AUGGCGCCGACAGAACUUGAACUCAAGAAGCGGAAGACGAGAAAAGAUUAUGUGUUCCACUUAGAAUAUCGGACAAGAUGGUCCGACAACGACAUGUACGCACAUCUAAACAACAGCAUCUACGCCUUUCUCAUUGACUCCAUUGUAAACACCUACUUAAUAAACCACUGCGGUCUGGAUCCUUUCUCUGCACGGUCUUCCUCUUCAUCUCCCUCGCCAUCAGCUAUCCCGGUCACUCCCAAUUCUACAUCCUCAACCCCAUCUCCACCAACCCAAAUCGGCCUCGUUGUCUCUUCAUACUGCGAUUAUUUCUCCUCUGUCUCUUUUCCAGAUGUUCUAGAUCUAGGCCUGCGCGUCAUCAAACUCGGCAGCUCAAGCGUGAAGUACGAAGUUGGCAUUUUCCGCCGUGGAGAUGAUGCGGUUAAAGCCGUCGGAGGAUUUACACAUGUGUUUGUGGAGAAGGGAGGGAUAAGAUCAGUGGGCGGAGACGCAGGUGGGAAGAAGGGGAUGGAUGUGAGAAUUCGAAAGGGGUUGGAGAGGCUGGUGGUGAAAGGGGUAGAGAAUGAAGGGAUACCGAAGUUGUAG